AUGAUUCGCCUUGCAGGAUCAAGAAUACACUGCACAACACCUUCACCGGCCGUAAAGAUGUUGGAGAACGCAAUGGAUGAUGCCACGCUGAAGCAGUACCUGGCAGAUGACCCGCCGACUGUGGUACCACUAAGCAUCAAACCACACUUUGAGGCACUGUCGACCAAGGAGAAGAAGUAUGCGCACUACAUCUCCAGGGCUGCGCUCGCGGGGACCAGGGUGAAUCUGCGCCAGGUCUCGCCAGAGAGCGAGUUGAUCUAUGAUUUCAUCCUCGCACUUCACAAGAGCUGCAAUGGUGACUGGAAGAAGCUCUCGUCGAAUGCCGGCGUCAGUGAUGAAGACCUACAACAGUUUCUGAACUACGCAGCCCAGUUCAUCGGCAACACUGGUAACUACAAGAGCUUUGGCGAUUCAAAGUUCAUUCCUCGUGUCGAAACAGAGCAAGUCACGGCGCUGGCAAAGUCUUCACCUGAGGCUGAGAAGCUCUGGGCUCAGGUCAAAGACGAUGUCUACGAAUCGAAUUCGAUCUCAAAAAUGCACUUGGGCUACCUUGACGAAGGCCAUGUAUCCACUUACUACCCAGACUCACCCGACAUCACAAAAGCGGAGAUCACGUACGUGUCGGACUUCGUGAAGGAUCUUGCGCUCAUGCCAGAGAACACGAGGCUUCGCAAGCUCGGAUCCGGCGAUUUUGAGCUGCUGAUUGCAUCCGCAGUGACUGAGCCAGCCCAGCGCGAUCUGAAGGAGUCGCAAUGGACGCUCGAGGGACCACUCAAAGGCAAGAAGCUCAGUCUCGUCUACGGAGACCACAAGACUGAGAUGGGCAAGAUUGCUCGCAACCUGACGGAGGCCAAGAAGUUCGCCCUGAACGAGGAAGAAGACAAGAUGCAAGGCGAGUAUGUCAAAGCCUUCCACGAUGGAUCAAUGUAUGCGCAUCUCGAUUCUCAGCGUCACUGGAUCAAGGACAAGGGCCCCAUGGUCGAAUGCAACAUUGGCUUUAUCGAGACUUAUCGAGAUCCUCAUGGCAUUCGUGGAGAGUGGGAAGGCUUCGCAGCCAUGAUCAAUAAGGAGCGCACUAAAGCCUUCAGCAAGUUGGUUGAGUCUGCGCCAAAGCAAAUCCCGAAACUCCCAUGGCCAGAAGCCUUCGAAAAAGACAAGUUUCUGGCGCCAGAUUUCACUUCGCUCGAAGUCUUGACAUUUGCAGGCAGCGGAAUUCCUGCAGGCAUCAACAUUCCCAACUAUGAUAUGGUUCGGCAAAACGACGGCUUCAAGAACGUUUCGUUGGGAAACGUCCUGAGCGCCGCCGCGCCAAAAGAGCCAACGCCGUUCAUCAAGGCCGAGGACCAAGACCUAUGGGAUAAGCACAAGGACGAAGCAUUCGAGGUCCAAGUUGGCCUACACGAGUUGCUGGGUCAUGGCUGCGGUAAGCUGCUGCAAGAGACUGAGACUGGCAAAUACAACUUUGAUCACAAGAACCCACCUACUUCGCCCAUCACUGGAAAGCCAAUUUCCACAUGGUAUAAGCCUGGGGAGACCUGGGGCACCGUAUUUGGUGGCAUGGGUCCAAGCUAUGAGGAGUGCAGAGCAGAGGCUGUAGCAAUGAGUCUGUGUCCGGACUACGGUAUCCUUCAGAUCUUCGGCUUUGGCGACGGCAAAGAAGACAUCAAUGGUGUCGCAGGUGAUGUCCUGUUUGUCUGCUACCUUCAAAUGGCGCGCGCAGGUGUCGCCGCCCUGCAGUUCUGGGAUCCGAACUCUCGAAAAUGGGGACAAGCUCAUAUGCAGGCUCGAUUUGCUCUCCUCCAGACUUUCUUGUCAGCUGGAAAGGAGUUCUGCGAGCUGCAAUACUCUAAGAACGACCUGUCGGACUUGACCAUCUUCCUUGACCGCAAUAAGAUCGAAUCACACGGACGUCCAGCAGUGAACAAGUUCCUGCAGAAGCUGCAGGUGUUCAAAGCCACAGCAGAUCUGAAGGCUGGCAAGGAACUGUACGAGGGCAUUACAACCGUCAACGAAUGGUUUGCAACGAAGCUUCGUCCCGAGGUAGUGCGCCAAGCGAAGCCCAGAAAGGUCUUCGUCCAGGCCAAUACGUUCUUGGAUGGUGACAAUGUAGUGCUCAAGGAGUAUGAUGCGACACCAGAGGGCAUGAUUCAGAGCUUCGCGGAUCGUGACUACAUCUGA